AUGUCCAAUGAAGAGCCUCCAUAUUUUAGAUACAAGCGUGUUACAUCUCUCCCUGAGAGAUUCUUUACAACGGAUCCCAUCUCUGCUAGUUUUCUUUCAGAAGAGUAUGCAAUUUUUGGUACACAUUCAGGUAUGCUGUUAAUAACUACAUCAACAACGUUCAAAACACUAAAAAUAUUCAAGGGCCAUACGGCAAGUGUGCUUGACAUAGAUUUUGAUGGACAAACAUUUGCAGCUGCGUCGAUGGAUGGUACUAUUCUCAUUGGCGACAUCAACCAAUUAGACAAUAUUACAAAGUAUGAUUUUAAGCGUCCCUUGCAUGCAGUCUCUUUACAAAAACCAUAUUCCAAAACUAAAUCAUUUUAUAGCGGUGGUAAGGCAGGUGAUUUAGUAUAUACUACCCGCAACUGGCUGAACCAGCGUACAGAUGAAGUUCUCUUUAGGGGAAACUGUAUAACCAUGAUCAAGUACGGCAACGAUAGGUUAAUUUGGUGUGAUUCUGCCGGUAUUUAUCUGAAGAAUUUGAGUAGUGGGCAGUUGUUAAAACUGAAGGCACCUGUGGAAAUGGAAAAGUCUGAGCUAUACUGGCCUAAACUUGAUUGGUCGGAUGACAAAGCUUUGACUAUAGGCUGGUUUAACAGUAUGUGGAAAAUUGACGUUGCUGAGAUGAAAGUGACAUGGAGUGACACAUCAACAGAUUAUCUAAUUGCUUCAAUCGCAACAUAUAGCGAUGGUAUACUUAUCUUAAACUACACAUCUAAAACAGAUGGGGAAUAUUAUCCUCCUGAUCUAAUUCUUAUUGACCAAAAUGGUGAUGAAAUUGUAAAUGACGAAUUACCAAUUAGAGAAUAUGAAAAUUUGAACGUUAAUGAUUAUGGACUUCUACGAACACAAAAGAGUUGGUUAUUGAUUUGCCCCAAUGAUGCUGUAUCGAUCGAACCCUUGUGGAUUGGUGACCGAAUAAACUGGUAUGUGCAACGUGAAGAAUUCAAGAAAGCUUGGGAAUUAGGUGAAUCAAUGAACCCUUAUCAAAGGCUAGAUAUAGGGUUGAAGGAGUGGAAAAAGAAUAAAGACGUAGAGUUCUUUAAAAAGCUGUUGAAUGGAUUAAAUAAUUUAGAAUACUCGAAUCAUUUAGUGAAUGAACUUAAUGUGAUUUAUUCUAAAUAUGUCAGUGCAGAAAUGCUACCAAGUAAACCAUAUAGUGGUGAAAAACAAAUAGAUCCAAAGUACUAUGAUCAAGUACUCAAUGAAUUACUUUACAAGCAAGAGUAUGAUCAAUUUGUUCAUUAUUUACAUCAAUGGGAUCACACUUUAUUUAGUGUAGGUGAUAUAUGCUCACACAUGGGCGAUAUAUUAGAGUCUGAAGAUGUUCCGGUUUUAAGGGAUGCAUAUAUCUCAUUAUCUCUUGAGUUGGAAGAGCCAGAAAAUUGUGUCAAACACUACAUAGCUUUGAAAGACCCUCAAUUACUGGAAUUUUUGGAUAGUCAUCAUUUACUAGAUAGACAUUUCCAAGAAUUGCCGCUAAUAAUAUAUUUUGGCGUUCCACCAAAAAAACUUGAGGAAAACGUGGAAAUUUUGAUAAACAAUGUUCAUGAAAUAUUACCUCAGAGGAUUAUUAAACUAUUUAAAGAUAAUCAAAUGGAUCAUGUGAAUUAUAUAUAUUUAAAUAAACUAAGAAAGGUUGAUCCUCUAAAAGUUAAAGAUUUUGAAGAUGAAAUCGUAUCAUUAUUUGCUAAGUUUAACAAGGAAGAGCUAUUUGAUUUUUUACAAGUACAUUCAAAGUAUUCAAUUGAAAAUGCGAUUAGGAUAUGUGAAAAUAACCAGUGUUAUAAAGAACUAGUUUAUCUAUUAAGCAAGGUGGGUGAGAACAAGAAGGCUUUGAUAUUAAUCAUUGAUAAAAUGAAUGAUCCGGGAAGAGCAAUUGAAUUUGUACAAUCAGUCAACGAGAAAAAUUUGUGGGAUUUUUUACUUGACUAUUCCAUGAACAAGCCGGAAUUCGUGAAGGAGUUGUUAAUGAAUGUUGGCAAACUUGUUGAUCCUAUACCCGUAGUUUCGAGAAUACCCGUCAACGUCAAAAUAGAUGGUUUAAAAGGGGCAUUGAUUGACAUUACCAGGAACGUCACGUUAGAUAAAAAGAUUUAUGAUCUAGUAAUGGAUAUUAUAUCUGACGAAUAUAUGUCGAUCAGUGAAGCCCUAAGGAAACUGAAAAUGAUGGGAUACAUUGUUGAUAAGGAAGAACUUGAAUUAGUUCGCUCAGAUAUGAAUCAUACAUAUAUUAAAUUGAGGGAGGAGAAUACUGAAAAGUUUGGAAAGGAGGAAGAUAUACUGGGUGCUAAAUGGGAUGGCGAUUUAAAUAACAAAAUGGGACAUAAAUCUUUCUUACAAUAUAAAAUUAUGUAA